UCUUUCAGAGAACCACUGGAUAAAGAUAGAUAUAGCCAUUUAGCCCUCUCUCUUUCUCUGUCCGUGAAACAUCGCAAUCUAUUCGCAGGGAAAAAAAGAAAAAAACAAAGAAAAAUUUGUUUGUCUUCACUUUCUUCAUUGAAUUAUGUUUAAUCUCUGAUUCAAGCGAUUCCAGAUCGAGAUCGGAGGACUCGAUCAAUUCCAUUCAAAGGAUUUAAUAGUUGCGAAGACCAUGUCUCAUCAACAAGCAGAAGAGGCCGAAUACAUGGCAGAUGAAUAUGAAAUGGAAGAUGUAGAUGAUGAUAUGGAUGAAGAGUUCUGUGGAAGAGAGAUGGGUGGCUCAGAUUCUGAUGUGGAUGAAUACGACUACUUGAAUAAUAAAAUGGCAGACACUUCUGCUGCUCAAGCUAGGAGAGGCAAAGAUAUCCAAGGAAUUCCCUGGGAGAGGCUUAAUAUUACAAGGGAGAAGUAUAGGCAAACUAGGUUAGAACAGUACAAGAAUUAUGAGAACAUUCCUCAAUCGGGAGAGGGGUCAGAGAAAGAAUGCAAAAUCACAAUGAAAGGGGGCAUGCAUUAUGAGUUCAGACGUAAUUCAAGAUCUGUGAAGUCAACAAUACUUCAUUUUCAGUUGAGGAACUUGGUUUGGGCUACGUCAAAGCAUGAUGUUUACCUUAUGUCACAUUUUUCUGUCAUUCAUUGGUCUUCCUUAACUUCUAACACGACUGAGGUUCUCAAUGUUUCUGGACAUGUGGCUCCAUGUGAGAAACAUCCUGGAAGUCUGUUGGAAGGGUUUACGCAGACCCAAGUUAGCACGCUUGCUGUAAAAGAUAGGUUGCUAGUUGCUGGAGGAUUUCAAGGAGAACUUAUUUGCAAGUAUUUAGAUAGACCGGGAAUUUGCUUCUGCACCAGGACAACUUACGAUGAUAAUGCAAUUACUAAUGCCAUUGAGAUCUAUACCACUCCGAGCGGUGCAGUUCAUUUUGCAGCUUCAAAUAAUGACUGUGGGGUUAGAAUCUUUGAUAUGGAAAAAUUUCAACUUACUAAGCAUUUCCGAUUUCCUUGGCCAGUGAAUCAUACUUCCCUGAGUCCUGAUGGUAAGCUUCUUAUAAUAGUGGGAGAUAACCCAGAUGGGAUAUUGGUGGAUUCCAGGACUGGAAAGAUGGUCACUACUUUGGUUGGUCACUUGGAUUUCUCAUUUGCAUCAGCGUGGCACCCUGAUGGCCUCAGUUUUGCUACCGGGAACCAGGACAAAACCUGCCGAAUUUGGGAUAUCCGAAACACAUCAAAGUCAGUUGCUGCUUUGAAGGGUAAUCUUGGGGCCAUCCGGUCAAUUCGCUACACAUCUGAUGGCCGGUUCUUGGCAACAGCAGAGCCUGCUGAUUUCGUUCACGUCUAUGAUACUAAAAGUGGGUAUGAGAAGGAGCAGGAGAUUGAUUUCUUUGGUGAAAUAUCUGGCAUGUCUUUCAGUCCCGACACAGAAUCGCUCUUCAUUGGUGUGUGGGAUCGUACAUAUGGUAGCCUCCUUGAGUUUGGCCGACGAAGGAACUACACAUUCCUUGACUCAAUCAUGUGAGUGUGAGUGUGCACUGCAAAUAAAUGUGCAAGUGAGCUUGUUUCCAGCAGUGGAAGUGGGGUUUCGGUGUAAAUGUCGUCGUGUUGUGCAAUUUAGGUUUAUUACUGUUCUUUUAAUAGCGAGGUGCGCUGUUUGAAGUGAGCAUAAGAAGAUAUAUAGGAUGAGGGACGGAUGUACAGAAGAUGGCUAGGAAUUGUUUGGCAUGCCAACAGAAAAAACUAGAACUGGGGAUUCUCAAGGGGUACUACCAGUAAGACUUGGUGAAUUCAUGUCGUUCUUUUAUCUAUGUGGUAUCUGGGAACCCUAAUUUCUUAUUCAAUGAGUUUCUUUGGUUUUUGUUUUUCUGCACUGUGUGAACAAUUGAUAUAAUUGAGCUCAAUUGAGCAAGGGGAAGUCCUAUUGUCC